AUGCAGACAUACGUGUGCGGCCGGCAAAAGCGCUGCGCCUCAGCGGCGAUCGCGGUGGCCCUGUGCGCGACUUGCCUGCUCAACGCCGCCCCGGUGGUGCAAGGGCAGACCGACACCACGGCCGUGCCUGACGGCGUCGGAGGCGGAGGACCGCAAUUACUGUCGUCGUUGCAACCACCGAUGACGACCACCACCGCUCAACACCAGGCCAAGUACGAUGACUCGGCCAACACGGAACUCCUCAAGCAGGUGUUGAUGAAGAAAUGUCUGCACCGGUACACGAUGACGUGCCUGAAACUGGACCUGGUCCGACUGAUCGACCGGCUGGGCACGGCCCGCGCUUAUCAGCUGGUUCCUGGCGUGUCGCUCGUCCGGGCUUCAGACGGCAACCAGACGACGGUCACCGGCGGCGGAGGCGGUCACCAUCAUCAACAGAACCAGCACCAUCACCAGCAUCACCAUCACGGCGGCAUACCUCCGGACGUGGUCAGGUCGCUGGUCCGGGGCAACGAUUCGGCCGAUGAGCUGGAUGGGUACCUGAUGGAAAAAGCCGACGCGUACCUGAACAGCCUAUCCAUCAGCGUCAAGCUGGUCGACUCGGCAGUGGUGGAGAAGGUGCGCAAUCUCAGCAGUCAAAUGCUCGUCAACAUACUACCCACCGGAUUGCUGGAGACCGGACGGGGCAAGAAGGACGGUAUGAAAGCGGCCCUGUGGUCGGCCGGCACGCUGGCGGCAAUCGCAUUCGCGUCGCUGGCCGCAAUGUCAGGCAAAGCCCUGAUGACGGCCAUGUUGGCGCUCGUCCUGGCCGCCGUGUGCGCGCUCAAAGGCCACGGUGGAGGUGGCGGCGGUGGUGGCGGAGGUGGCGGUUACGGCAAGACGUCGCAUUACGAGAUCAUCACCAAGCCAGCCAUAUACGAUCACGAACACCUGGUUCACGGGGCGUCGUACUCAUCGGCGCCGUACAGUUACGCUCGGCACCUCUCCAUGGACGAGAACGGCGCAACGCAUCACCCGAUCGGGCGCGGCCCGCUGCAGCCUCAGCGCGUCAGCGUCGUGCACGCGGCGCCGGCCGCUCCGGCCACGGCCCCGUCCGGCGAAGCUUCCGGCCCGGGCCAACAGGCCGGCGACGAGGACGCGGACGACGAGGCCAGCGUCGGUCGUUUGUCAUACCCGCUGGCGCCGAUAGCUUACAUACCAACCAACAACGCUUGA